AUGGUAGCAUAUCAUUCAUCACUUUUCCUCAUUGCAUUUGCCAUUACAUUUUCCAUUAUUUUCCUCCCAAUUCUCUCGCUCACAGAAGAUGAUCAUCUCAAUGGAAUUGGCUUUAGCCUUGAAAUGAUCCACCGUGAUUCCCCGGCAUCUCCCUUAUACAAUCAAUCCGAAAGUCGUUGGCAACGGGUAAGCAACGCCUUGCAACGUUCGCAUCACCGUAUGGUCAGCCAUUUCAGCAGAAGAAAUUCAGCACUUCGUGCUCCGAGUCCUGUAGCUGAAUCCCAUUUAAUUUAUAUUGGAGGAGAGUAUUUGGUGAACAUAUCAAUUGGGACACCACCCAAAACUUUUAUUGGCAUUGUUGACACAGGGGGCGAUCUUACAUGGACACAAUGCAAGCCAUGUAUGGACUGUUUCAAGCAAAACCCCCCUCUCUUUGAUCCCAGUUCUUCCUCAACCUAUAAGCCCCUUUCUUGUUUGUCCAAGGAAUGCCAUUUGCUAAAUGAAGCCUCUUGUUCAGAUGCAAACUUUUGCUAUUAUAAUUAUACAUAUGGGGACAUGUCCUACACCACUGGAAAUCUGUCCUUGGACACAGUUACGUUGGCUUCCAGUACUACAGGCAAGCCUAUAUCGAUUCCGAACACGAUAUUUGGUUGUGGACACCACAAUGGAGGAAUCUUCAGUGGGAUUGAGUCUGGAAUAGUUGGACUUGGAAGUGGAGCUGUGUCACUUUUAUCCCGAAUCGGCUAUGCGGUUGGAGGGAAAUCUUUCUCUUAUUGCUUGGUGCCGACGACUUAUGAACAAUCCGAUUCCGAUCCAAUCCUGGGAGCCAAACAAGGUCAGCGUGAAAUUUCAAGCACGAUAUAUUUCGGCGAUAAAGUUUCAGGUCAUGAUGUGGUCUCAACCCCUUUGCUGUCAAAUGGUUCGGAAACCUACUAUUACCUUGAGCUUCAAGGCAUUAGCGUUGGUGCCGACAAUUUUAAACUUGAUGCUGACAAUUCACAAUCUUUUAAGGGCAACAUCAUCAUAGACUCUGGGACUACCUCAACAUUUUUGCCUACAAAACUUUAUCAAAGUUUUGAAUCAGCAAUUAGAAAGGCAGUUCAUCUGGAGGUGACCAAAGAUCCAACUGGCAUACUACAGCUUUGCUACAAGACUAAAUCUGAAAUCGAAGACCCUAUCGUCACCUUCCAUUUCAAUGGUGCAGAUGUGAAGCUAAAACCUGUAAACGUUUUUGUUAGGGUUAGAGAAGAUAUUGUCUGUCUUUCAUUUUCCCCAACCAAUGAUGUGGCAAUCUAUGGCAAUGUAGCACAGAUGAACUUCUUGGUAGGAUAUGACCUAGAUAACAAGACUCUGUCCUUUAAGUCAACUGAUCAAUGUACCUGGUAA